GGUGUACGCCCCUCCCCAAGCGUGUCGUCGCCGUCGUCGCCGGUGCUGUCCAUACUAGCCCUGUAAAGACGAACAUAGAACAUCAUCAACCUCAUUGCACUUUACCCUCACGACAUCUCCAUCCUCGGCGUUGAUUUGCUGCGUAGGAUGAUAUGCCACCGAUCGGAAAAUCGACCCAACCUGCUCGUGGCCCAGGUGGCAGAGUGCGCAUCACCAACCGCAGUCGUCUUAGGAUCUAUCACGGAUCUAUCGAUGCGGACAACGUUGUACUCGAGGAGGAUGGGUCAGGCAAGGGCAUGUCGACGGCUGGUGUGGACGCUGAGGACGCCAAUGAACACCACUUGCAAGUUGUGCUUUCGCUCCAGACUCUGGAUGGUGAACAGGGCAAGGAAGUUCAGAAAGCACACAUCCCAGUACCCGAUGCUACCGGCGUUGUAUCCAAUUAUGAAUCUCUAUAUGCCGGACCUAAAGGGCAAGAUACGGAAGGUUAUCUUAAGUGUUCCGACCUCGUCGAUGAGACGCUUGAAGGUGGCUUUAUCGACGGGUAUACAUAUGACCUGGACGAGGAGGACCUUGCGUGGCUGGAGAAGAAUACCCAAGCCGCAAAGAACCCGUACACCACAAUCAAUGGUGCCCGGUCGAUGCGAAAGAAGCUUGGCAAAGACGGGACAGAAGCCAAGGACGCACCUCCGGCGCCGUUCAGCAUUUCUGAGCCGGAAUUUGAGCUCCUCAUGGGCUUGUUUGACAUGCUCUGCGACAACGUGCGACCGACUUUGCACGCAGAUCUCUCGACCAUACCCGUACUUGCGGACUUUGAGGAGACGCUCACCCAUGAACUCGCAGAGUCUUUUUUUGCCAUGUACGACCGACCGUCCAACCUUCCGACGCCAGAACAGGUGUGGCUCCUUGCACGAGCCAUAUAUCCGCACUGGAAAGAAAGGAAGAUUGAGCGCGAGGGCUUGCGAGUUAUGGCCCAGCUCAAUACGGACGAGACGAGCGAUGGAGAUGCCUUUGUCUGCUUCCGUAGACGAGAUCCCAAGCCCGUGCGGAAAACACGUCGGUCGGAUACCUCUCAGCUCGAUCGUAUGGCUCGAUUACUCGCUGAGAUGGAGCAAGCCGAGGACAUCUCUCACAACGCCCUUUUACGUGAACAAAAGAAAGGCGAGCAGCUCGACGCUGAGCACAAGGUGUUUGAUGCCAGACGCCGCUUUGCUACCGUCCGUGUGCACCACCCAGAGUUCGGGAGUGUCAUGGAAGACGAGAAGUAUCUCUUCUCCAAGGACCCGACCGCUGUUGUUGCCCCCAAGAUCUUGCUCACCGUUGGCGCACGGAAGUCAAGCUCGGAGGCAGGCUCACGCACUGCGGAGCACGGUGACGCCGAUGCUGUUGAAGUUGUCCAGGCGAAAUUCGAGGAGAAUUACCGCAAACGCAAAUUAGAAGACGACGGUUGGGACAACCGAACGGACGGCGCCGCUCAGCCUGGCUGGAAGCAGAUAGGAGCAUUCAUGUUUUCCCGGGUUCCGCAAGUUCCUGUUCCACCGCUUGUCCCUCAGAAAGCUGCCAACGAGACGGAGCGCGAACGACCAACUGUGGGCUUUCGCACACGUCGUGGACGUGGUGGCUUCGUCCGUCUCGACCGUCUUCUUCCGCAUCGUUCCCGUACUCCUGCGCAAGACAAUCCCUUCACCCGCAAACCCCUUUCUGGGCCUGCCUUUAAUCCUCAACAACGCAGUCCGUCAAAGGUUGCUCGCGAUCUGGCGGGGGACGGACUCAGAACAGCGCCUGACGUUGCCGCGAACUUGAGCGAUCCCAACACGCCAUGGAGCACUAUGUCUUCUAAAGAGUAUGUCAAAGACAAUUUCUUCAAGAACGGGCCUGUGUACAACAAUCCGGAGAUGGAAUUGAACGGCACCAAGGUAGUAGAUGACUUCGACCUAUCUUAUGAGCUCUUCCGCGCGGAUCUCUUUGAUCCGGAACAUCCUCAUCCAGUUCGCUCAAAUAUGAGCUACCUUGCUCAAGCCCUAGACUACAACAGGGAGAUCCGAACGAAAGAGCUCAAGGAAGCACCGUUGUUUGCGCCGUUCAAGGCUCCCACUUCAAAUGCCCUCCGUCUCACGACCCACGCUAACAAUGCUGCCACUCCAGGAACCGCCCCACCUUCCGCAACGCAGUUGCCCCCGAACGCCGCUAAUAUUGCUCGCGUUGGGCAACAAGCGCAAGCGCAGCAGGCUGCUGUUGCUCAAGCAAUGUCGCAGGCAAACCAGACCCAACAGCGCUUCUCCCAACAGCAGCUAUCGGGUACUGCUCGAGCUCCUCAGACACCAGUCAACCAUGCUAGCACGGCUACAUCUGCAUCCCCAACCCCGCCCCGCCCUGCACCGCAUCCCCAGCAGGCUCCUGUUCCCACUUCAAUGUCAGUUCAAGCCAUCCAUAUGCCAAAUGGCAAUGUCUCCAGCCAAACGAACAACACUGCGCACCCAGGGUCGAGCGUCUCGCCGGUCCAGCAGCUGCAAUCCAACCUUCCUCUCAAUGGCGACCUCAAUCAUGCUCUUCCCCGUCCGGCAUCGGCGAUGCAAGCUGGUGUCCAACGGCCACCGUAUCCCGGUCUCCCGAUGCCGCCAAGCGGCAUGCCUGCCAACGGAAUGCCUAACAGCAUGGCAGGUUACAGGCAGGCGAAUGCGGCGGCCGCGGCGGCAUACGCUGCUGCCUAUGCCAACAAUCCCCAGAUGAUGGCAGCGAUGCAGCAAUACCACCGUCAGCUGAACGGACAGAAGAGUGCCUACGCCAGCUCGCCCAUGGUCGGGGGUAUGCCAAUGCAGUAUCAGAUGCCAGGCAACUUCGGCGCGCUCGGUGUCGACGUAAACAAUAUGAAUCUCUCUCUCAACUCGCAGAAUAUGCAACUCAAGCUGCCCUCUGGGCGCAAUCGGCCGAAUAACAUGCAUCAGGGCAUGAACGGGAUGGACAUGGCAGGGACGUCGCAGGGGACGAAUGGAGUCCCCUUCCUGCAGAUGGGCAUCCCACCUAUCGCCCGUGUCCCCUCCGCCAACGGGCAAAAACAUCUCCUCCCCGUGCCCAUGCAGGACCCGAACGGCACUGGCGUGGGCGUGAACGGCCAAACAUACAUGCAGUACGCACUCCCGAGCACCUCUCCUAUGCUCCAAGCCGUGGGUGUGUUACCCGUCCCGACGCCCAUGCUUCGGCCGUCAAAGUCGCCUUUCGACCCAGCGAACAGCAGGCCAGGGAGCAGCUCGCCCCUAUUGCAUAGACCGCAGAGCGUGGCGAGAUAG